UUCGAGCAACACCGGUUUGGGCAGUUGUAAUUGGUGCUGAAUAUGUCUGGACGAGGAAAAGGCGGUAAGGGCUUAGGCAAAGGCGGUGCCAAGCGGCACAGGAAAGUGCUCCGGGAUAAUAUCCAGGGCAUCACCAAGCCAGCCAUUCGUCGUUUGGCUCGGCGCGGCGGCGUCAAGCGUAUCUCGGGGCUCAUUUAUGAGGAGACCCGCGGCGUGCUCAAAGUCUUCCUGGAGAACGUGAUCCGGGACGCCGUCACCUACACGGAGCACGCCAAGAGGAAGACAGUCACCGCCAUGGACGUGGUCUACGCGCUCAAGCGCCAGGGUAGAACCCUCUACGGAUUCGGCGGCUAAGCCAGCUGCAUUUUGCAAGUUCGCCAAGAAAAACCAAAGGCCCUUUUCAGGGCCAACCACAGAAUCUUUC